AGCGAGCGUAUUAAAAAGCACUUGCUUUGGCAUUGUUUGGGGUUCCGGGUCAUCCUCACUUGCUGGUAUUAGUAGAGGCCCCGGCGAGGUGCACACGUACUUAGAGCUCUUAGUGCUUUAUUUUGUGUUUUUUUCUUUUCGUAUUCCGCGGGCGCAUAUGUUUACGGCAGUUUAAUUUUGAGUUUGAUUCAGUGCACAAGUGCGAUGUGAAGCGGAGUUCGGUUCUUUUUGGAGAUUGAUUGUCAUUGCUACAUGUGCGGCUCAUAUCGACCGUAUGUUUGUGGCGAACAAAAAUAUCUCUUCCGUUUAUAAUUCGCACAGUACAAACAAGUGAUAAGGAUUCCACGCGCGAUCUGCCUUCUGUAGGAGUUCGGCGACUGCAUCAGUCGCUAGUUCCCUAUCGUCGUUCGGAGAGAAUGGAGUAAACAAUGUAGUCCGGAGACUUCAAUUUGAUUUAAUUUGAAACACGCAAACGGAAUUAAUGCGUAUGGCGUAACCGAAAAUCCGCAUCAUUUGAUUUGGUUCAUCUAUCUAGAGUGUUGUUUGCGUACUGCGUGAAGUGAAGCAAAUCGGUGAAAUGUAGUGUAAAUGGAUUUUUUUUACCGCACAAAGUACACUUUCCCAAUUAAGUACAAGUGAAGUGUGAAGCUGGCCUCGGUUGUUUCUGAUGAUUCACAGUUUAAACCACUCCGGUAUUUUGUUCGAUCAAGAAUUCUAGGAGCACCUUCAAGAUUUGAAAGUUGGAAUUUUUUUCUACCUGCGUUGCUAGGGCCAAACACCCGCGCUCGCGCUGUUGAGUAAACGCGGCAAUUACGAUCGCUGACCGUCACCGGAAGUGACUCGAGUCCCAUCCCAGUGUCAGUGGCAGUUACCAUGAGGCUGCUCAGCGAAACAGAAGAAGAGACCAAAUUUGACAUCCGAAUCGAUCGCACAUAGAGUUGAGCGUUCGCUGUGGGUUUUUUUGCUGCGUGGAGAAAACGUGAGACGCCGCUUCUUUGGAUUUUAAUUAACGUGGAGAAAAGUGAAAGAACACGUUAUCAGAUUGUUUGUUCCCCUCUGUGAUUAAUUUGAUGUAAACAAGUGAAGCAGCGAAGAUCAAAGAAGCUGAAUGCGUGUGGCGUGUGCAAUAAGCGAAAAUUCGGGGCGAUUGUUUGUGUGAUGUGUUUUGGGAAAAUUGGGAGUUGAGUUUGGGAUAUAUUUUCGCGCCAAGAUGAGUGCUGUUAUCAAUAGUAAUAAUAAUAAUAAUGGCAUCGCGACUAAUAACAACGAGACGCAAACGCCGGAGGUUCAAGUUACUGUGAAGGAUUUACCUAUUACGUUUAAGGUUAAAUAUUUAGGUAAUCAACACGCAAGAGGAUUAUGGGGAAUCAAGCAUACGAGACGACCUGUCGAUAAUCUAGUCAGUGCAGCCAAAAGCCUUCCACCAAAUAAAAUUCUUCCGUUCUGCAAUCUGACGGUUUCUCUCGACGGCGUACGGAUGGAAACGAUCACCUCCAAGCAGAACGCAGUGACCAAUUUCACGAUCGAUACAAUCUCCUACGGUGUGCAGGACCUUGUCUACACCAGGGUUUUCGCGAUGAUCGUAGUCAAAGAGAAUUACAACCUGAAGGACGAGAACCCCUUCGAGGUGCACGCUUUCGUGUGUGACAGUCGCGCCAUGGCCCGCAAGCUCACCUUUGCACUCGCUGCAUCAUUCCAGGAUUACUCUAAGCGGGUGAAAGAAUCCGAGGAGCAACAUACGGGUAAUGCAAGUGGAAAGCCGUUUCGGAAAAAGUUUGCUAUCGAUCUGCGAACACCAGAGGAAAUCCAGCAGGAUAUCACAGAACAGGAGACGGAGGCGUGAUUUCAGUUGAACUAUUUUUAUUGUUUUUGUUGUGGUUAUAUCCAUUUGUUGGAUACAAUUGGUCCGAGAGUAAUGCUAAUAGUACACUAAAUAUGUUGGAAAAUCAAAUGAUCGAAUGUGUCUGAGGCUAGCAGAUUGAUUCUAGCUUGCUUGAAUUGAUAUCUGAAUUAAGGACGUUAAGUUAUAUGGCUUUUUCGGUCAAAUAGUGUACUGAAGACUGUAUUGUCAAUCAUGAGUACAUUAUUUGUCUUUUUCGUAUGUGUUGUGACUGAUAAAAAGAAAUCGAAAGCUGCAAGAUGUAUUCUGGCUCAAAGCUAGGCAAACUAGAACAGAAUUAUUUUUUCGCAAUGGUUUAAUUUAAAAAAUGUAUAAGGUGGGAUGUUACUUGUACAUAAGAGAUGUUGAAUCUGUUACCUAUGUCAAAGAGCUAUUUGUCAAUACAGUGGAACCUCGAUUAUCCGCGAGUGGAUGAUGCGAGGUGCGGAUUAUGCGUGACAGCGAAUUUCGUUGUAAAUCCAUAAACCUUCCCGGAAUUUGUCAGUGAGUGAUAGGCUCAUGUACUUUUUUAGUGGUCAUGGCUUUCAUCUUAUCUGACCACUGGUGUACACCACCUUCUAAAUGGAUAGUUUAAUGAUUUCUGUAUUGAUAAAACAUGGUACUCAUGCUGAAAUAUCUCUUUUUCGUGUUUAGAACUCAUUUUAGCCAUUUAUUUCAUUAUCUGCGAUUUUCGUUAUUCGCGGUGAGCUAGCCAGACUAUUUCGCGGAUAAUCGGGGUUCUACGGUAUACUUCAUUCUGAUAUACCUCGUGACAGUCGGAUUGGAACACAUAUCGGUUUCUUCACAUUUUCCUACUUCCUACUUAAUGAUCAACUCUCAACAAUAUAAGUGUCAAUACGUAUGAAUUUCAUCCAGGCUGAAUUUGGCUACUGACAGUUUCGUUUUAUUUAAUUUGAAUGAUAAAAAAAUAGUAUCAUUUCAAAAGAGAAUUUUCCGUUGCAAGAACAAAAUGAUUACUAAAUUUGGACUGGAUUUAAUCGAUGCACAAAACGUAUGUGUGUUGUUCAAAAACUUUAACACGGUCUUCUACAAUUAAAUGCUUUCCUAUGUAUAAUUAAAAAAUAAAUUACGAAUGAUUGUUUUUAAUGUGAACCUUUCCAACGAGCAAAAAUCGGAAAUUGAUUAAUCGACUGUCUAUGAGUAUUUUCUCAUUCGGAAUUUGCGAAUAGUAUUCCCGACAGCUAAAUACUUUUAGGAUUGACCCACAUAUUGUGAAUAUCGUCAAACGAUUCCGAGAAACGAGAAAUGGGUACGAAUUGAUAUAAGACAAUGCGUGACCAUAAUUGACGAUAUAGUCUUCAUUAGUUUGAUAGUGUUGUGACUAGUCCUCUAACUUUUACAAAAAAAAAACCAUAUGCAUCCCAACGUAGAGAGAUAAAAAGCAGGAAACAAUACCAAAACAGUUUUAUCAACAAAAUAGUUUUAAUGCCAGAAUCACCUGUUUAUUACUAUUUAAGGGGGGAAAUAUAGACUAGGCGAUAAGACUCCCUAAUAUGGAAAUAUAAAAUGAACAUAGUUUGAAGUGUGCCGCGUGUGUUGACGCACUAUUUGUA